UUUCAGACGGAUCUUUAGGGGAUUGACAACACACUUGUAUCAUGGUGGAGUUUACUAUUUUUACUAGAGUUAACAAUCCAAAACAGUUAAGGCAGAACUCCUUUUAGAGCCUCUGUACACCACUUUCUGCAUGAUCAGUAGACAAGAAUUCAGUUACGCUUCUUUCCUGAAGAAAUGUCAAAGGUCAUACACAGUACAGGUGCACAUAUCUUAUUAAAAUAAGAGAUUUGCUUUAGAAUUAAAACAGCAAUGCAGUGUACAUUUUCAAGACAAAUAUAACAAACAAAAUGUCUUCAUUUCAUUUCGAAAAGUACCAUAAUACCCUCCUUGAAUUUUCAUCAAACACACAAGUUGACUGUACAUUGACUCAAAACAAUCUGUAUUGUGUCAAAUCGAUAAUACAUUGCAACUUAAACUCAAUACCAAUAAAAGUGCAUCUUAGUACAUAUCUUUUUUUGGGAAAGCAGUUAUCAAAACUGUUAUUUUGUAAGACAAGAAUUGAAAAUCUUUCUGGUGAACUACUGAAAAUGCAAUGUGGUUUCCAUCUUUGCACUCUUACAGUCUUUGCCUUUAAAAAGGUUUGUUAUGAGUAAACAUUGCUGGUAAAAUGGCCAGAGGUGUUAUAUUACGGAUCUGUAGAACAACAAGCAAAGUGACAAUAAGUUAGUACACAGUUUAGGUGCCAUAUAAGGCAUGAGCAGACACACCCUGUACUUUAAAGUACACAGUGUCAGUUAGACGUGACAGACCACUUCACUUUUCUCACGGGGGUGAGAAAAGUAAAAUCAUCUUAUCUGUAGCAUUUAUGCCAUUACGUUUGGUGAUAUGAUAUUAUCAGUAAGUUCACAUAGUGUAAUAGUGAGAGAGAAAAUUAUUUGCUGUGAAAUUUGAUGGCAUUGGAUAAAUAUAUGUAAGAAAGCAGAGUGGCUAAAGAUGAGUUGGUAUGUCUCAUCUUGCAUCUUGAAGACACAGGUAGCAGAACACAGACAGCACAACUGAACCACUGAUGCCUUAAAUUCUGGAGAAGAACAGACCACCUGGUCAUCACAGAUCAGAAGAAUGUUUCCAGAUGCCAGAUUUAUGAGCGGCUAGCCCCAGACAGGAUGUCGUAAAACACCUGUGAGUUUCUUGUGUUGCAGGAAGUGGUAAGGACUUAGUGGCAGGUGACUUAGACCUCACAGUCAUAGUCUUUCCACAACAACAUGGAAGCCUUUAACUGGAUGUCAAGAUCAGCAUUUCCUCUGCUGUAUCUCGGAUUCUUUCUCCUGUUACCAACAUUGGGAGUACCUUCCUACAAAAUAGGACGACAGCUUCAAACAGUGACUACUGACACCGCAACGGUACCUUCAACAAGUGCCCUUAACACUGGUGGUACCACAGUCAGCUCUGCUGUAGGUACUUUCUCCAAAGGUACUGAUGGUAUUUCUUCCCAGCAAGGUGCCACCACAAGUACCAAUGGUGGUACAAUAACAGUAAGCCAUGGAACUGCUACUGUAAAUUCUUUGAAAAGUACUUUGUCGAUGACAACUACGCAAACAACUGAAACAAGCUCAGCAGUGCCUUCCAAAACAAUAAGUACGCCAACAGUCACUACCACUGGUGAAAACACUUCUCAAAAGUUCAGCACGCUUUCACCAUCAACCAUGGCAAGUACUGAACCCAAAGGAAGCACAUCCGUAUCAAAUACAACAGCAGAAAUGCUAGAAACAAUCCCACAAACAAUGCCUGGGACGACCGUUUUGAUGACUGACACAAUAAACACGACCAUGAAAGCGCCACUGUCUACCGCAAGCGGGGCAUACAACCAAACAAAUUCUACCAACACCAAAAACAUCACCGCUUCUAUAAAUCCCAGAAAUUCGACAACGGCUACCACAGAAGUGAACCAGACCUGGACAACAGAUACUUACAGCAGUUCCAUCAUGACUACGGUUGGAAAUGUAACAGGCCAGGGAUCAUCUUCUGUUCUUAACCCAGACCAAGUCAAGGGUCUGAUCAUGAUUUGUACCACCAUUGGCUUCCUGACCAUUCUCUCCAUCGUUUCCUACUCCCUCAAAGUGUGCUGGUGGGACAAACGAACCCCUGGAAAUGUUGAGAAGGGGAGAAAAGUCUACGAGGUUCCGCCAACAGCUCCUAGAAAAGUACCGAAGCGGAAGAAAUCCUUGCCGAGGGAUCCAAGGAGAGCCGGUAGAAGAGGUGACGAUCUAGAUUCUGACAGGCCAUACCAGACGUUUGACUACGACAAGUAUGAUCACGCGUACAUCCAACCCGUGGACCACCACCCCUCCGGUCGCUACGUGUACGCGUACGGUGGGUCGUCCAAGUCGUCCCUGGGGUCCAUGCCCGAGGAACCUGAGGACGUCUAUCUCAAGCUGCAUGAGUGAAACUCCUUUAUGUCUUGUAAGGUCCUGGUCAUGUUUACACAAUAGGUCCAAGACAGCAAAUGACUGUUUAGUAUCUAAUACUAGCUCAAAAAAGAACAAGGAAUAGUCAUGCCUUCAAGUUACCAACCUUGGAUUGAGGUGUUCAAAUAUUUGUACUUUCCCAGAACUAUAUAUAUCGUAGGGUGGAAUUUGUCAUCACCAAGCACAGUAGGGGCAUCUUCAUUGGAUAGUUUUAAAGAACACUUGCAGAUAGAUGUUCAAAAGUUAGGUAUGACGGAUCGUUCAGUUUAAUAUAAUCAGCUGCUUCCUCACCACAUGCCUGCGAGGCUGGUGUGUUAUGCCGAAGGGCAGCUACAUGUACACCAGCUAUAUGUAUAUAGAUACAGAUAUAUGCAGAUACAGAUACAGGAUUAAGGACGUUCUUGGGACAAUAAUGUGUAGAUGUGUCAUACAAAAAUCAAGUUCAGCUUUGUGACAGAAAAAGAUUAAGCCUUGAUAUAAUGUUUCUUAUAUCCAAAGCUUUUUUAAAAAUUCUAUGACAAAAAACUGAACAAUGAUCGUGCCUUAAGUAUGGACAGUUCAGAAUUUUGUUUUGGCUGUGCCAAAACAAAACUACACUGAAUGGCUUUCCAUCCAAAUCUGACUUACACUCUUUCAUGUAUGACAUGUAUUGUAUGAUGCAAAAUGCUGCUCUGGGAGAAAUCUAAAAGGAAGGUACUCUCUCACUGUUGCAUGUGUGAACAUUUAGAUCCUUAAAAAGCUUUGUAUUUGGUGUCGAUAUAAAAACGUUCCUGUAAAAUAAGUUUUAAGAGCUUGUUGUUUGUAGUUGUUGUUUUAUACAUGCUGAGUGAUGUACUACAUUUUUUAUCUAAGUCAGUGAUCAUCAUGAUCACAAAAGAUGUUUAAUGUAAGAUAUUGUUCCUUAGAGUUUUCAUUGACCUUUUUUCUUAUCAACAAUCUAUGUAGUCAAGUGCCAAAAGACUAUCCUUGCAGGAAGAAGGUUCAAAAUGUGCUAAAUGUAAAUAUCAAAAUGCACUAGUCUUACAACUUGCUGGUCAUGUUCUUCAAGAUUUUUAAACAGAAUGUAUAUUAUAUUAUUGUAAUAUUUGUAUUCUAGAGUAAAGAGCUUCAUGCUUUACCAACCGUAAUGAAAUAAUAAUAGGAAGAAAUGCUUUUUUUAGAUAAUUAUCCAUACAAAAUAAAGUGUUCUAAAACACCUGGUAAGAACAAAGCUCAAUACAAAGAUACCACAGUGACUGUAGUACAAACACCAACUACUGAAACAAACAAAAGACAUACAACUGUGUGAACUGUCCUUUAGUUUUUCUGAGGUAAGUUUAUCCUUAAGAUAUAUUUAAUACUGGCAUGACAGACUUUUGAAUCCAAGCAUCAAUUAAAUGUUUCAAAGAAAACAAACCACAACUGAUGUGCAUAAAUGUACAUUAAGUUAAGUGUAGAAAUUAUACAAGUAGGUACUUCACAUUGUACUAUUUCUAUGUGUCUGGUUGUAUGGUGGUUAAUCUUUAAUUAGCAGUGCAGAAGAUAUGUAAGAUGUGCUUUGAUGUUGAAUAUGAAUAAACAAGAUUGACUCA